CGUGUCCCCAAACAAAAAAUCCUCCGAUAAAAAGUGAAUUUUAAUGUAAAUCUCAGCCCACAACUAACCGGAAAGAUGAAAGUCUUGGACUACAACAAGCGUGAAAGCCUCAUGAAAUGGGCAAUUCUCACCAUAGCCGGUAUUUUGGCAUUUUCCACGCGUCUCUUCUCCGUGCUGCGUUUUGAAUCUGUAAUUCACGAAUUUGAUCCGUAUUUCAACUACCGCACAACCAAAUUUCUCACUGAACAAGGCUUUUACAACUUCCACAAUUGGUUCGACGAUAGAGCUUGGUAUCCGCUUGGGCGUAUCAUCGGCGGCACAAUCUACCCCGGAUUGAUGGUAACGUCGGCUACGUUGUACAAAAUGCUGCAAUUUCUGAAUAUUACGAUCGAUAUUCGGAAUGUUUGUGUGUUUCUUGCCCCGCUUUUCUCGAGUUUCACCGCUUUUGUCACGUAUUUGUUGACGAAGGAGAUUUACAGUCAAGGCGCCGGAUUAUUGGCUGCAUCGAUGAUUGCAAUUGUGCCAGGAUACAUUUCGAGAUCGGUUGCCGGAUCGUACGAUAACGAAGGAAUUGCUAUUUUUUGCAUGUUGUUCACUUAUUGGUGUUGGAUUAAAGCCAUUAAAACCGGAUCAAUUUUCUGGGGAGUGAUGGUUUCUCUCGCCUACUUUUACAUGGUAUCAUCAUGGGGCGGCUACGUGUUCCUCAUUAACUUGAUUCCAUUGCAUGUUUUGACGUUAAUGGCUACGGGACGGUUCCAUCAUAAGAUUUAUGUCGCUUUUAGUACGUUAUACUGCAUUGGUACCAUCUUGUCGAUGCAAAUUUCCUUCGUGGGAUUCCAACCGGUGCAUAGUUCAGAGCAUAUGUUGGCUUUCGGGACCUUUGGCUUGUGUCAACUUCACUCGUUAAUCGAUUAUGUGCGAUCUCGUCUCUCCAAGGAGCACUUUGACGUGCUUUUUAAGACAAUUGCCAGCAGCGUUGGCAUCGGAGCUCUCAUUGUUUUCGGAUUAUUGACGCUCAGUGGCAAAAUUAGUCCAUGGACCGGGCGUUUUUACUCGUUACUCGAUCCGUCAUAUGCCAAAAAUAACAUUCCAAUCAUCGCAUCGGUCUCCGAACAUCAACCGACGUCAUGGAGUUCGUUCUAUUUUGACCUGCAAAUACUCGUUUUCUUGUUCCCAGCUGGUUUGUACUUUUGUUUCUCGAAACUCACGGACGAAAAUAUCUUCAUAAUUUUGUACGGAUUGACGAGUAUCUAUUUUGCGGGCGUUAUGGUGCGUUUAAUGCUCGUUUUGGCACCAAUUAUGUGCGUUUUGUCGGGCAUCGCCAUGUCACAUCUCAUGUCAAAGUACAUGAGUAACAUCGUAAGCAGCGGAAAUGCUCAGGAACAGAAAAAAUUAAAACGUAAUGAACGUGCGGUAACUGGGGAUCAAAGUGCCGUUGCUGUUGCUUUUGUCGCCAUCAUGACAGGAUUGCUAAUUUCGUACACUUUUCACUCAACAUGGGUCACAUCGGAGGCAUAUAGCUCCCCAAGCAUCGUUUUAUCCGCCAAAAGUCACGAUGGCAGCAAAAUCAUCUUCGACGACUUCAGAGAAGCUUACAACUGGUUGAACACAAAUACGCCCCCCGAUGCUCGUGUCAUGUCAUGGUGGGAUUACGGCUACCAAAUUACCGCAAUGGCAAAUCGCACAAUUCUCGUGGACAACAACACCUGGAAUAACACUCAUAUUUCACGUGUUGGUCAGGCAAUGGCCAGCACCGAAGACAAAGCUUAUGAAAUUAUGCGGGAACUCGAUGUUGACUACGUUCUCGUCAUCUUUGGUGGUCUCACGGGUUACAGCAGCGACGAUAUCAACAAAUUCCUGUGGAUGGUUCGCAUUGGCGGCAGUACCGCAGAAGGCAAAAACAUCAAGGAGCAAGAUUAUUACUCGUCAAAUGGCGAUUUCCGGAUCGAUGUCGAAGGAUCUCCCACAUUGCUGAACUGCUUGAUGUACAAAAUGUGCUACUACCGAUUCGGGCAAGUUUAUACGGAAGGCGGAAAGCCCCCGGGAUACGAUCGUGUGCGCGGUGCCGAGAUCGGAAAUAAAGAUUUUGAACUGGAAACACUCGAAGAAGCAUACACGACGGAACAUUGGCUCGUUCGCAUCUACAAAGUGAAAGAUUUGAACAAUCGUGGCACGUAAAAUGCAUUUAGCCGUGAGCGAAAUGAACAAAAAUUACUAAAAAAUUAACCCAGUUCCCGAAAAAAAUUAAGAUAACCACAAACGAGUCAUUGUCAGGUAUUAAUUUUAAACUAAAACGUUUCGAAGCAAUCGUAAUUAAGCUCAAAAAGUACUAAAAAGAUGCUUUUACCAACGCGAUGUAUGGAUUUUUUCUCAAAUUUAAAUAAAAUUAAUAAAUAAAUCUCAAAUUUUAGCAUUU